CAGACGGGGCUGGUGGGCGAUCGUGAGGCGCCGGAGGACGUUCCCUGCGGCCGGAGCCAUGGAGAUGCCUCUGCCGCCCGACGACCAGGAGCUUCGAAAUGUCAUCGACAAGCUGGCCCAGUUCGUGGCUCGCAACGGGCCCGAGUUUGAGAAGAUGACGAUGGAGAAGCAAAAGGACAACCCGAAAUUCUCGUUUCUGUUCGGAGGCGAGUUCUACAGUUACUACAAGUGCAAGCUGGCGCUGGAGCAGCAGCAGCUCAUCUGCAAGCAGCAGGCCCCAGAGCUGGAGCCAGCCACGGCCCUGCCCCCCCUGCCCCAGCCCCCGCUGGCCCCGGCUGCACCCAUUCCGCCAGCCCAGGGAGCCCCAUCCAUGGACGAGCUCAUCCAGCAGAGCCAGUGGAACCUGCAGCAGCAGGAGCAGCACCUGUUAGCCCUCCGACAGGAGCAGGUGACCGCGGCUGUGGCCCACGCCGUAGAGCAGCAGAUGCAGAAGCUCCUGGAGGAGACCCAGCUGGACAUGAAUGAGUUUGACAACCUGCUGCAACCUAUCAUCGACACCUGCACCAAAGAUGCCAUCUCGGCCGGGAAGAACUGGAUGUUCAGCAAUGCCAAGUCCCCGCCGCACUGUGAGUUGAUGGCGGGCCACCUCCGGAACCGCAUCACGGCCGACGGGGCGCACUUCGAGCUGCGGCUGCACCUCAUCUACCUGAUCAAUGACGUCCUGCACCACUGGGCCCUGACGCGCGGAAGGUCUCUCCCUCACAGCCAGCGCAAGCAGGCCAGGGAGCUGCUGGCCGCCCUGCAGAAAGUCGUGGUGCCCAUCUACUGCACCAGCUUCUUGGCCGUGGAGGAGGACAAGCAGCAGAAGAUCGCCCGGCUCCUGCAGCUCUGGGAGAAGAAUGGCUAUUUUGACGACUCCAUCAUCCAGCAGCUACAGAGCCCGGCCCUGGGGCUCGGCCAGUACCAGGCGACACUCAUCAACGAGUAUUCCUCGGUGGUCCAGCCGGUGCAGCUUGCCUUCCAGCAGCAGAUCCAGACCCUCAAGACGCAGCACGAGGAGUUUGUCAACAGCCUGGCCCAGCAGCAGCAGCAGCAGCAGCAGCAACAACAACAGCAGAUUCAGAUGCCGCAAAUGGAGGCCGAGGUCAAGGCCACCCCGCCGCCGCCCGCCCCGCCGCCGGCCCCCACGCCCGCCCCUACCAUCCCACCAACCACCCAACCUGAUGACAGCAAGCCUCCCAUCCAAAUGCCCGGCUCCUCCGAGUAUGACGCCUCAGGAGGAGUCCAGGAUCCUGCCGCGGCCGGCCCCCGGGGUCCAGGGCCCCACGAUCAGAUCCCGCCCAACAAACCCCCAUGGUUUGACCAGCCUCAUCCCGUCGCUCCUUGGGGUCAACAGCAGCCUCCCGAGCAGCCGCCCUACCCGCACCAUCAGGGUGGGCCGCCCCACUGUCCCCCCUGGAACAACAGCCACGAGGGCAUGUGGGGCGAGCAGCGUGGGGACCCCGGCUGGAAUGGCCAGCGUGACGCACCCUGGAACAGCCAGCCCGACCCCAACUGGAACAGCCAGUUUGAGGGCCCCUGGAACAGCCAGCACGAGCAGCCGCCCUGGGGCGGGGGCCAGCGUGAGCCACCCUUCCGCAUGCAGCGGCCGCCGCACUUCCGAGGGCCCUUCCCGCCCCACCAGCAGCAUCCGCAGUUCAACCAGCCGCCGCACCCCCACAACUUCAACCGCUUCCCGCCCCGCUUCAUGCAGGACGACUUCCCCCCACGGCACCCCUUCGAGCGGCCACCCUACCCUCACCGCUUCGACUAUCCCCAGGGGGACUUCCCUGCCGAGAUGGGACCCCCUCACCACCACCCCGGCCACCGCAUGCCUCAUCCUGGGAUCAACGAGCACCCACCCUGGGGUGGGCCCCAGCACCCUGACUUCGGCCCUCCUCCCCAUGGCUUCAAUGGGCAGCCCCCCCACAUGCGGCGACAGGGCCCUCCCCACAUCAACCAUGAUGACCCUAGCCUGGUCCCCAACGUGCCCUACUUCGAUCUGCCUGCGGGGCUGAUGGCUCCCCUCGUGAAGCUGGAAGACCAUGAGUACAAGCCUUUGGACCCAAAAGACAUCCGCCUCCCACCCCCCAUGCCGCCCAGCGAGAGGCUGUUGGCAGCCGUGGAGGCCUUUUAUAGUCCCCCCUCCCAUGACAGGCCCAGGAACAGUGAAGGCUGGGAGCAGAACGGCCUCUACGAGUUUUUCCGAGCGAAGAUGCGGGCACGGCGGCGCAAGGGCCAGGAAAAGCGCAACAGCGGCCCUUCCCGGUCUCGGAGCAGAUCCAAAAGCCGAGGGCGCUCUUCUUCCCGCUCCAACUCGAGGUCGUCCAAGUCCUCCGGCUCGUACUCCAGGUCCAGAUCGCGCUCCUGCUCCCGCUCCUACUCCCGCUCCCGCUCCAGGAGCCGCAGCCGGUCCCGCUCCUCCCGCAGCCGCUCCCGCUCCCGCUCGCGCUCACGCUCCAAGUCCUACUCCCCAGGAAGGAGACGUCGGUCACGGUCCCGGAGCCCCACCCCGCCUUCCUCGGCUGGUCUGGGUUCUAAUUCAGCACCUCCUAUACCUGAUUCAAGGCUCGGGGAAGAGAACAAAGGACAUCAGAUGCUGGUGAAAAUGGGCUGGAGUGGAUCUGGUGGCCUCGGCGUGAAAGAGCAAGGGAUUCAGGACCCCAUCAAGGGGGGGGACGUCCGGGACAAGUGGGACCAGUACAAGGGUGUGGGCGUGGCCCUGGACGACCCCUACGAGAACUACCGCAGGAACAAGAGCUACUCCUUCAUCGCCCGCAUGAAGGCCAGGGAUGAGUGCAAGUAGGCGCUCCACGGGCAGGAGCCGCGCCUCGGCUACUGCGUUGGGCCGUUGGGAACUUCCUGGCUCCCUGGCAGUGACAGACUGUAGGGACAGCUCAGGGGAGCGACAGAAGAGAAGGAAGACACUAGCUUGCCUAGGGAGAGGACCAUGCUCCAGAGCGUGGGCCCCGCCUGCAAACCAGCUCCCCACAGAAGCCAGAACCCACCGGAGAUGCCCCGGCCACCCAGCCACGAGCCUCCCUCCCUCACCAGAGAAGCAAGAAACACAAGAGCCUCCAACCCUGGAUACGAAGCCCCCUUGCCUGAAGGCACGGCCGUUCUGCACCUCCCCGCAGUCCGCUCUUCGGCCUGGAGGAGCGUGGAGGACGGGCCCCAGGCCGGGCGCCGCUGACACACGGAAAAACAGACCCUUUCUGACUGGCACUUACACAGGGCUUUCAUUUUUACUCCAGAUGUUUAGUUGUAGAGAAGGGCAUGUUGCUCUAAGAGGAUCCCAGUGAGAAUUUGGAACCUGAUUCCUCUUAAGGCAUGGUCAUGGCCUGUAGUUCAGUUAACUUUAGUUGUUUGAGUUGAAAUUUUUUCCCCAAACUUUAGCCACUUAUGGUCCCUGCAGAAACGAAGGUUCUAAGGAAGCUGAUCUGAGGUAUCUUCAGGUCAUGGAGUGAUGCCCUUGGAGAGCCUGUGUCCUUAGCGUCUCUGCUUGUGUUUGUCACUUAGAGGAACCCAACACCAGCGCUCGUGUGGACGGCCCACCCCGAGCCUGGCUGGGGAAAGCAAGCCCCGCCGCGCCUCGGGCCCGCCCCACCCUGCCGCCGAGGGGGCCCGGCCGGGAGGGUGGUCUGCGGGGACGGGCCGCGCCUGGCGUCUCUGGGCAGCUCGUGCAGUGCCGUCUCUUUGUACAGAACAUUUUUCAGAAAUUCUUUUCAGUAAGAUGCAGAGUCCUCUCCAACUUUUCAACCUGAUGUGAUAAAAUAAUUUGAUUUUGUUCUAGAUUUCCUGUAGCUGUGAAUUGUUUAAACGUGUCUGAUUCAGGAUAAAACGUAAACACGUGCUGUUAACGAUUUCUUGUGGAUUUUACUGUUUUGCCUUCAAAUAAAAACUUUUUUUAAAGACC